CGGAAAAUAUCAAAAAUGUUUCAAGUUUAUGUGCAGAAUCUUGACAGCAUCAGGAAGAUGCGGAAGAGGGUGGAAGGCAUCUUGGUGGAUAUUGUACUUGACAGCUGCAAGGAGCUGCUGAAGGAUCUUAAAGGCUUUGGACCAGGAGAGAAGUACUUUUAUAAUACAUCAUGGGGCGAUGUCUCCCUUUGGGAACCUUCUGGAAAGAAAGCGAGAUACCGAACGAAGCCGUACUGCUGUACUCUCUGUAGGUACUCAACAAAGGUGCUCGCUUCCUUAAAAAAUCACUUGCAUCGUUACCACGAAGACGAGGCUGACCAGGAGCUGAUGAUCCCCUGCCCCAACUGCCCGUUUUCUUCUCAGCCCAGGGUAGUGGGUAAGCACUUCAGGAUGUUUCAUGUGCCUGCGCAGAAAGUCCAGAACGACACGGUGAACAUUCUGGGUGAAGCGAAGACAUUAAGGAGUGAUGUGAUAAACUUCACAUGUUUAAAAUGUAACUUUUCCAACACCUUGUACUACAGUAUGAAGAAGCAUGUGCUGGUGACCCAUUUUCAUUACUUAAUCAGCUCCUACUUUGGUUUUCAAACCGAGGAAACAGAGCAACCAAAAGCAAGUGACCCUGCUUCUGGGUCAUUUCCUGUCAUUUGACAAAUACUCUACUGUAAAAAAUGCAACGCUAUUGCCAGCAGUCAGGAUGCCCUGAUGUAUCACAUUUUGACAUCAGAUGCACACAGGGACUUGGAGAACAAGCUGCGGUCUGUAAUUUCAGAACACAUCAAGAGGACUGGGUUUCUGAAGCAAAUGCAUAUUGCUCCAAAACCAGUGACCCACUUGGCCUUACCACCAAAUAGCAGUGCUUCGAGCAUUGCAGCCCCUCCGUCUUGCUUCUGCCUUACUUUGCCACCGAACAGUCAAAGUCCUGGCACUGUGGAGCCAGUGACUGUGGCCCCAGGCACUUCUGAAAGCCUUACACACUCCCCACCCACCACUGCCCAAUCUCAUGUAGCUCUGGUCUCCAGCUCUUUGCCUGUAUGCCAGAAUAGCCUCACCCUGAAACCGUCAGCUCCCCCUCCUGUCUUUAUCUCUCACAGUGUUCCACUUAAUCAGCCUGGGAGUACUUCUGUGCUGCCUGUGAAUAAGUCUGUUAGAGCAAGCAUCCUUCCCAUGAAUCAAGCUGUACGCCCUGGAGUUUUACCCCUCACUCAGCCCAUGGGGUCUAUAAGUAGACCUGUGGGACCCAUAAACAGACCUAUUGGACCUGGUGUCUUACCUGUGAGUCCCUCUGUCAACUCAGGGGCUCUGCAGUCUGCUUCUCCAGGGGGGAUUUCUGUAGGUCGGGAGGUUCCAUCAGGAGUCCUUCCUGCCGUCCAGGUGGCCCAUGCUGGAGUGAUCCCUGGGCAGACAGCCACUUCUGGUGUCCUUCCCACUGGCCAAGUGGUUCAGUCAUCAGUUCUCCCUGUUGGUCAGACACCUCCAUCUCGAGUUCUCCCUCCUGGCCAGACAGUGCCCUUGAGGGUUCUCCCUGCAGGUCAGGUGGUAUCACCCGGGCUGCUUUCAUCAAACCAGACUGUCCCCUCAGCUGUUGUCCCUGUGAAUCAGGGUGUAAGCUCUGGUGUUCUUCAGCUCAGUCAGCCAGUAACACCAGGAGUCCUUCCUGUGGGCCCACCCAUGAGGCCUGGUGUCCUGCAGCUCAGUCCAUCUGUCAGCACUAACAUCUUGCCUGUGAGCCAGCCAAUGAGAGUGGGAACCUCACAAAACACUACUUUUCUCACUUCAGGCUCUAUUCUCAGACAGCUCAUUCCGACUGGGAAGCAGGUGAAUGGAAUUCCCACCUACACACUGGCCCCAGUGUCUGUCACUCUGCCUGUGUCCUCUGCUGGAGGCCUUGCAAUUGUCACACCACCACCCCAGGUGCCAAUGCAGUUCUUGCCCUCAAGCUUGGGCACACAGACGGCUAGCUCCCUGCCCAGCCUGCCCUCCCCACAGGUGCUAGUGAGCCCUGCCCCUAGUGUGUUUGUUCAGGCUACCUCACCUGUAGCAGAUGCAAAUCAGGCACUCCGACAGGCCAAGCACUGGAAAACAUGCCCGGUUUGCAAUGAGCUUUUCCCCAGUGUCUACCAGGUUCACAUGGAAGUGGCUCACAAGCAGAGUGAGUCCAAGUCUGGUGAGAAACUUGAACCUGAAAAGCUUGCUGCAUGUACCCCGUUUCUGAAGUGGACGAGAGAGAACACGGUUCGCUGCCUCUCCUGUAAGUGCCUGGUCUCGCAGGAGGAGCUGAUGCACCAUUUGCUCAUGCAUGGCUUGGGAUGCCUGUUUUGUCCGUGCACUUUCCAUGAUGUCCGGGGCCUUGUGGAGCAUAGCAGGACUAAGCACCUGGGCAAGAAGAGACUGUCUUUGGAUUAUAGUAACAAAGGUUUCCAGCUGGACCUGGAUGCCAAUGGGAACUUGCUCUUCCCCCAUCUUGAUUUCAUCACCACACUGCCACGAGAAAAGCUUGGAGAGCGAGAGGUGUACCUGGCUAUCCUUGCUGGCAUACACUCCAAGUCACUGGUACCUGUGUACGUUAAGGUGAGGCCUCAGCCCGAGGUUUCACCAAAGUUGCCUAGCAAACAGAAGCUGACCUGCCCCUUUUGUUUUGGCACAUUUGUGACUGCUGAUGCCUAUGAGCUCCAUCUGAAGGAGAGGCACCAUGUCAUGCCCACAGUCCAUACAAUGCUCAGGUCUCCAGCCUUUAAGUGCAUCCACUGCUGUGAGGUCUACACUGGAAAUAUGACCUUAGGAGCCAUUGCUGUCCAUUUGCUCCAUUGUAGAAGUGCUCCCAAGGACAGCAGCUCAGACCUGCAGGGCCAGCCAGGUUUUAUUGAGAGCAGUGAACUGCUGUUGGUUAAUGGGGAAGUGAUCCCUGACUCCACCUUUGCUGUAAAGAGAAAGCUGCCAGAAGGGCACCUGGGGGCAGAAGACCAGAGGGAUGGGGACAAGCCCCAGCUCACUCUAGACACCGAUGCAGUCCCAGGUCCAGAGAGAGGACUGAGUGCUGUGCCUUUGAAGAGAAAGAAGAAUGAGGGCAGGACAGAGGGGUCAGGGACCAGUGAUGACUCUCUGCAGGUGUUAGCAUUGGAUCCUACCAAGUAUGGAGGCCGCUCCUAUGAGGACAAAAAACAGUUUCUUAGAGAUUAUUUCCACAAGAGGCCAUAUCCGAGUAGAAAAGAAGUGGAACUAUUGACUUCACUCUUAUGGGUGUGGAAAAUUGACAUGGCUUCAUUGUUUGGGAAAAGAAGAUAUAUUUGCAUGAAAGCAAUAAAAACUCAUAAGCCCUCUGUACUUCUAGGUUUUGAUAUGUCUGAACUAAAAAAUGCCAAACAUAGUCUGAACUUCGAGUGUGAAUCACAGGAUCUGUAG